AUCCGAGCAUAAUCAUGGCUCGAAUCAAACUCUUCGGGGAUCCCACGAGGCGACCCAGUGACUGUAAGGAAUUUACCAAACGUCCAGUCGGAUGCGUCAGUUCAUGUUCUUGAAGCACUUGCGCAACUGAAAGAAAUAGUCAGGAUAUUUCUGAAGGGUGACCCACAACAUGCAAUGGGUGCGGCUGCCAACAGCGCAACUGCCAACUGAGAUACUAUGCAAAGUGGCUGUGCGCCAAUCAUGAAAUUAUUGAAUCAUGAGCGGGUAAGAAAUCGCCCUAUAUAGAAGGUCUAGUAUUGUAUCAUUCUUUUCAUGAUGUGCAGAUUGGUCAACCUCAGCCCAACAUAGAGGCUUUGUCGAAUUUAACAAUUCCACAACGGAAAGACAGCGCUCACCAUAACUCCACAAAGCAUAUAGAAGAACGUGCUGAUGUUCUAUACCGACUUUGUCUGGCGUUGCCAUCCGAGUCAGAGAUGGUCGAGAUCUUUCGCACUCGAAGUCAUUGGUGGCAAACAUGGCGUGAAUCCUUUGCAUUGGGCUGGGGCGAAGAAAACGAUUCUGACCUACAGAGCUUCGCAAUGCGGGCGUUUCGUACUGGGCAUCCUUGCCUCCAGGCAAUAUUGCUUCUAUGUUUUGCAUUUAGCACCGGUGACUUUGGGAAGUACCUUUGUCCGGUGGAACAGCUGAUUUUACAUGAUGAUGAUCUUGCUGUUGGCAGAUACGGUCUCCAAUGCUUAAUGGCAUUGGGACUAUGCUAUAUGAGUUCCCUGCAGCCUCGGCAAGCGUGGAUCGCGUACCGUAGAGCCAAAACCCUGUCCCAACUUGCCGGUAUUCACCAGACGCAUAGGAACUCAGAACUCUUAGAUUCACUUUUCUGGCAGCUGUUUAGUGCAGAUCGGUGGGUGAGCCUGAUGAUUGGGCUUCCGUACUCAGUUCCGGAGAACCUUUGCGACCUAUACAUCCCUCCCUUGGAAGAGACCACGCCGAUUAAGUUCCAUGCACGACAUCUGUCUGUGUUGACUGGCCGGUUUAUUGAUUGCUUGCAAAUAAACAAAGAGCCAACACUUUCGGCAGUCAUUCGAACCGAUGAGCAGAUCGACGAGGUUACCUCGCAACUCCCGGCAGGAUACCUAGACAUGGAGGAGAUCUCUCUUUGCGAAGAUAUCCCUGAGAAGCAUGCACGGCUGUAUCGGCUGGCCAACAUUCAUCAGCUCAAGGCACACCUAUACUUGCCAUUCUUCUUGCAGUCUUCGGGUACAAGUGGGCAAGCGUAUGGCCGAGCCUCAUGUGUGAAAAGUGCACGGUCGCUGCUGGAAGCUUACUUAUGCUUGUAUGAGAGUAACCCUACGAUAGCGCGCAUCGACAACAGCGUAAAGCUCUCCGGAUUUUCAGCACUUACCGCUGCGGUCAUUGUCUUCCUUCAUCUACUCGGAAGAGACACCUCGUGGGAGACAAACGUCGAAACUGGACUCCGAAUGGUAUGAUCAGUCUCUCAUCAGCCGGACGCGCUCUGCUCUUAAGGAUUGCUCCGAAGACCAACCAAGCUCGCUGAGCGGUCAAUGCCAUACAGCCUUAGAAGAGCUAGUAACCAGUUGUCAAUCCUUAGCGAAGGGGACCAGUCGACAAAUCGCUGUACCGUAUUUUGGUAUCGUCACUGUUCAUCGCAAGUGUGAUGACGGUGUUGAAAGAGAUGAUGGGAGCUGGCAAGACAUUCCGACUGGCUUGGACGAGUUUGGGCCAGGAACUACAGACGCAGGUCAAUAUAAUGUGCCGGUUUCGUUUGAUGAUCUAUUGUUCUCAUAUGUUGGUCCAGGGGUGGUUCCCAAUCCGAUUUAUUCAGGCUUGACUGCUGAUCAAGUCGAUGUUUCACGAAUGCACUUAUUUCUUGGAUGUAUACACCCUAAGAGGUACAUAGUAUGUCUCUUGGGCCGCCUGCAGAUCAUCUUUAUGAGUGGUGGCAUAUCCUAAAUUAGAUUCUUGGGUCGGGACGGAGGGUGGGG